GUUUGUUUGCCAAAUCUCGCGAGAGCGUCUUAGUAGCAGGGACAACAUCACUUUUGCCUUUUAGGGGAAAAUGUGAAACCAGGACGCAUUGGACUGAUCCUUUGAAUUCCAUGUAUAUGAUGUUUUGUAUAGGCUAUAUGAUAUUAAUGCGAGAAUAUUUUACAUUUAAAAGGUAAGAGUUAUUUUGGUGUAUGUAAGUGUUCAAAUAUCUGCGCUUGCUAGCUAACGUUAGACAGCUAGCUAGCUAGUUUACUGGUAGUUCCUCUGCAUACAUAGCGUGUUGUAGCUAACGUAACUAGUGAUUGAUUAUUGAUCAAUACCCCGAACUAAUGCAGCUAGCUAGCUAACUUGAAAUUAAACUAGCUAGGUUUUGUCCAGUUAACGUUAGUUAGCUAGCCAACUGUUAGCACAUCAUGACAUGUUUGCUCAGGUUAGCCACUGCACCUAUGUGAAGCUAGCCACAGUAAUGUUUAGCCACGAUAGUGGAAUUUGCUGAAUGCCUUCAAAAUAAAAGUUCCCCUUUGAAAGUGAUGCAAACGGAUACAAAUAGUGGAAACAUGACAUAUGUGGACUAGAUAGAUAAUGCUAAACAAGGUCGAAAUGUUGUAUAAAUUAAACAAAAUACAAUUAUUAGUUGAUUUGAUCAAAGAAAGAAAAUGGUUGAAAUCGCACUGUGGAUGUGUUAGACUUCAGAUUUGCAUUGGGGGCAUACUAACAUGCACUGUACAGCCUUACCUCAUUUCGUGGACCCAAGAUCCAUAGGUAAGGUUGUACUUUGCAAUAUGAAUGUCAUAUGCACAAUAGGCUAGUGAGGUGAUUUCCCACAGUUAAAGUUCACUAAUGUGAGCUACGAUGCUAAUAUUUGUGUAAACUCUUAAGAAUUGUAAUCUGUGAGUCACUGAGUAGACUGAUACCACAUUUCAUGGUCCAAGAUCCAUAGGUAUCAGCCUACUCGUUGACACCCACAGAUUACAAUUCUGUCAAGUGUUCCACAGGGAUGCUGGCCCAUGUGGGCUCCAAUGCUUCCCACGGUUGUAUCAAGUUGGCUGGAAGUCCUUUGGGUGGUGCACCAUUCUUGAUACACACAGGAAACUGUUGAGUGUGAAAAACCCAGUAUCGUUGCAGUUCUUGACACACUCAAACCGGUGUGCCUGGCACCUACUACCAUACCCCGUUCAAAGGCACUUAAAUAUUUUGUCUUGCCCAUUCACCCUCUGAAUGGCACACAUACACAAUCCAUGUCUCAAGGCUUAAAUAGCCUUCUUUAACCUGUGUCCUCCCCUUCAUCUACACUGAUUGAAGUGGAUUUAACAAGUGACAUCAAUAAGGGAUCAUAGCUUUCACCUGGAUUCACCUGGUCAGUCUGUCAUGGAAAGAGCCGGUGUUCCUAAUGUUUUGUACACUCAGUACCUAUAGAAUAUCUACAUACACCCCCUUGAACUUUUUUCACAUUUUGUUGCAUUACAAAGUGGGAUUUAAAUAUUUAAUUGUAAUUUUUUGUAAUUGAUCUACACAAAAUACUCUACACAAAUUCUACACAUUUUUACAAAUUUAUAAAAUGUUUAUAACUAAAAUAUAGUUGUUGCAUAAGUAUUCACCACCUUUGUUUAGGCAAAACUAAAUUAGUUCAGAAGUAACAUUUGGCUUAACAAAUCACACAAUAAGUUAUAUGGACUCACUCAGUGUGAAAUAAUAGGGGUUGACAUGAUAAGGAAGGGCAGUGAUGGGUAACAAUAACAAAUCAGACAUUGAAUAUAUCUUUAAGCAUGGUCAAGUUAAUAAUUAUGCUAUGGAUGAUAUACUAAACCAUCCAGACACAUCAUAGACUAAGUUGUUGUUCUGAACUGAGCUGCAUAACAGGAAGGAAACUGCUUAGGGAUGUCACCAUGAGGCCAUUAGUGAUUUUAAAACAGGCACAGAGUUCAAUGGCUGUGAUCGGAGAAAACUGAGGAUGGAUCAACAACAUUGUAGUGACUCUACAAUAAUGACCUAAAUGGCAGCGUAAAAAUAAUUAAAUAUAAUGAAUAAAAAUAUUCCAAAACAUGUACAGUGGGGAGAACAAGUAUUUGAUACACUGCCGAUUUUCCAGGUUUUUCUGCUUACAAAGCAUGUAGAGGUCUGUCAUUUUUAUCAUAGGUACACUUCAACUGUGAGAGACGGAAUCUAAAACAAAAAUCCAGAAAAUCACAUUGUAUGAUUUUUAAGUAAUUAAUUUGCAUUUUAUUGCAUGACAUAAGUAUUUGAUACAUCAGAAAAGCAGAACUUAAUAUUUGGUACAGAAACCUUUGUCUGCAAUUACAGAGAUCAUACGUUUCCUGUAGGUCUUGACCAGGUUUGCACACACUGCAGCAGGGAUUUUGGCCCACUCCUCCAUACAGACCUUCUCCAGAUCCUUCAGGUUUCGGGGCUGUCGCUGGGCAAUACGGACUUUCAGCUCCCUCCAAAGAUUUUAUAUUGGGUUCAGGUCUGGAGACUGGCUAGGCCACUCCAGGACCUUGAGAUGCUUCUUACGGAGCCACUCCUUAGUUGCCCUGGCUGUGUGUUUCGGGUCGUUGUCAUGCUGGAAGACCCAGCCACGACCCAUCUUCAGUGCUCUUACUGAGGGAAGGAGGUUGUUGGCCAAGAUCUCGCAAUACAUGGCCCCAUCCAUCCUCCCCUCAAUAUGGUGCAGUCGUCCUGUCCCCUUUGCAGAAAAGCAUCCCCAAAGAAAUGUUUCCACCUCCAUGCUUCAUGGUUGGGAUGGUGUUCUUGGGGUUGUACUCAUCCUCCUCCUUCCUCCAAACACGGCGAGUGGAGUUUAGACCAAAAAGCUCUAUUUUUGUCUCAUCAGACCACAUGACCUUCUCCCAUUCCUCCUCUGGAUCAUCCAGAUGGUCAUUGGCAAACUUCAGACGGGCCUGGACAUGCGUUGGCUUGAGCAGGGGGACCUUGCGUGCGCUGCAGGAUUUUAAUCCAUGACGGCGUAGUGUGUUACUAAUGGUUUUCUUUGAGACUGUGGUCCCAGCUCUCUUCAGGUCAUUGACCAGGUCCUGCCGUGUAGUUCUGGGCUGAUCCCUCACCUUCCUCAUGAUCAUUGAUGCCCCACGAGGUGAGAUCUUGCAUGGAGCCCCAGACCGAGGGUGAUUGACCGUCAUCUUGAACUUCUUCCAUUUUCUAAUAAUUGCGCCAACAGUUGUUGCCUUCUCACCAAGCUGCUUGCCUAUUGUCCUGUAGCCCAUCCCAGCCUUGUGCAGGUCUACAAUUUUAUCCCUGAUGUCCUUACACAGCUCUCUGGUCUUGGCCAUUGUGGAGAGGUUGGAGUCUGUUUGAUUGAGUGUGUGGACAGGUGUCUUUUAUACAGGUAACGAGUUCAAACAGGUGCAGUUAAUACAGGUAAUGAGUGGAGAACAGGAGGGCUUCUUAAAGAAAAACUAACAGGUCUGUGAGAGCCGGAAUUCUUACUGGUUGGUAGGUGAUCAAAUACUUAGAUCAUGCAAUAAAAUGCAAAUUAAUUACUUAAAAAUCAUACAAUGUGAUUUUCUGGAUUUUUGUUUUAGAUUCCGUCUCUCACAGUUGAAGUGUACCUAUGAUAAAAAAAUUACAGACCUCUACAUGCUUUGUAAGUAGGAAAACCUGCAAAAUCGGCAGUGUAUCAAAUACUUGUUCUCCCCACUGUAUGUAUCAAGGCACUAAAGUAAUACUGCAAAAAAAACUACAUCAUGGUAUGGGUAUGCUUGCCAUUGGCAAAGACUGGGGAGUUUUUCAAGAUGAAAAUAAAUGGGAUGGAGGUAAGCACAGGCAAAAUCCUAGAGGAAAACCUGCUUGUCUGCUUUACACCAGACACUGGGAGGGGAAUUCACCUUUCAGCAGGACAAUAAGCCAAAUCUGCACUGGAGUUGCUUACCAAGAAGAAGUGAAUGUUCCUGAAUGGCCAAGUUACAGUUUUGACCUAAAUCUGCUCGAAAAUCUAUGGCAAGACUUGAAAAUUGCUGUCUUACCAUGAUCCCCCAACACCUUGACAGAGCUUGAAGAAUUUUGAAAAGAAUAAUGGGGAAAUAUUGCACAAUACAGGUGUGCAAAGCUCUUAUGAGACGUACCCAAGAAGACUCAUAGCUGUAAUCAAUGCCAAAGGAGUUUCUAACAUGUAUUGACUCAGGGGGGUGAAUACUUAUCUAAUGAAGGUAUAUUAGUGUUAACAUUUUCAUAAAUUCAAAAAAAAUUUUUUAAAGAUUCUUCUUCCACUUUGACAUUAGAGUAUUUUGUGUAAAUCGUUGACAAAAAAAGGACAAAUCCAUUUUAAUCCCACUUUGUAACACAAAAUGUGAAGAAAUCCAAGGGGGGUGCAGACUUUAUAAGUAUGCCCCAAUUACAAUUCUGAAGUCUAAUACAGCCACAGUGCGAUUUCAACUGAUUGUUACUUUAUUUCGUCAAAUGAACAAAUGAUUGUCUUUUGUAGAAUUUAUAUAACAAAAUGUGGAACUUGUUUAGCAUUAUCUAGUCCAAAUAUGGCUUGAUUCCGUUCUUUGUAUCCGUUUGCGUCGCUUUCGAUGGGGGACUUUUAUUUUGAAGGCAAACUGCAAAUUCCACUAUUGUGGCUAAUCCUUAUUGUGGCCCGCCUCACGUAUGUAGCCACUGCCUGGCUAGCUAUAUAUAGAUUUAUUUAUUUUUAUUAUUUUUUUACAAGCAUUCCAAACCAUCUCUGCAAUUUACUAGCUAGCUACCUAGCUGGGAUUGGUGACUAGUUAACUUACUGCUGGCUAUGUUGUGAUCACAUUAGUUGGCUUGGGUGCCAGUGUCAACAUGGUUAGCUAGCUAGUUAGCCACCAUUAGCUAGCUCGUAUUAUUCGGGAUCAUCAUAACAUUAGCUGGCGAGCAGUUGUCAAGAGUUGGAAUGCGAAGGGGAAUUGAGUUUUUGUUUCGUAUUCACUGAAUGUAUAACUAUCAUUUAUGUUAAUAGUUACAGCUAGUUUUGCUCUCCUGAAUCAACCCGGUGAAUUAAUAUCUAACUCUACUCCCUUCGUCAUGUUAGAUUAUGAAUGGUGAAGAAUCCGGGCUGGAUGUCUCUGUGCACGGGUGAUGGCAGCACGUCCACAGUCAUAUGAUAGCAACUCCAGUGACACUGACAACUGGGAACGAAAAACAACCAACCGACCUCGCAAGCUCUGCAAGCACUCGAGGUGAGGCAAUUACUUUGUAUUUGAUACUGUGUAAGGUCAGAAAGAAGUGACAAACCAAGAUAGUUGGCAUUUCUGUAGAGCCAUUUCACAUACACUAUCAUGUGUAUAGAGCUAUAGGUAUUAUAGGCUAGACAGAUGUUUUUCAGCAUAGUCACACACUGAUGUGCAUUUUUGUAAAAAUAAAUAAUAUUAUUUUAAAAAUAUUUUCUUACUUUAAAAUAAAAAAUAAAUCUCUGCAUUGUUGGUUAAGUGCUUGUAAGUAAGCAUUUCACGGUAAGGUCUACACCUAUUGUAUUCGGCGCAUGUGACAAAUACAAUUUGAUUUCAUCAUGUUGACAUUGUCCAUUGUGAUUUCCAAUGAAGGCCUGGUUACUCUUGAGCCCAACAUCAUAAAAAGCUACUGUUUUUAUCAUGACUGUAAAUUCAGUUGGGCUGGCAUAACGCUCCCAGUAGUAAUUAUUUGUAAAGUCCACUGUCAUGACAGCAUGGCAGCGCUAUGUACACUUCAUAACUAAAAGUUGAAGUGAAGUGUUUGCUAAUGGUCUAUGCCCUUUACUGGCUGUUGUUUUGGCGAACAGAAAGUCUGGAAUUUCUUGGGUCGUUGUAGUUGUUAUUUAAGAGCCCCUAGAGAGACUAGCUACCUAACUUGCAAAGCAAAUUCUUGCAAAAACAGUCCUUAUUUCUAUGCUGGCUUCUAUGCUGUCUGUCUUUCUAAAUAUCGACUUUCCACAGUAUAGAUGCAUUCUUACUCAUUGCAUUGAGUGUGUGACUACAUUGUUUCUUUAGCUCCAGGCAGUGUGUCAGGUCAGGGCGGUGUUAUAAUUACCUCUAGAGGUAAAUACUGGUUCUAGUAAAGCUCUAGCCCCGGACCAUACUGUCACUGCUGACAGAGGUCCUGAGUGUCUCUACGAUUACAGCAGACACCUGCAAUCUGUAAUAAUACAUUAGGGGAAGAAGGACAACAGAGGGAGAGUGUGUGUUGUCUGUGUAGAGUUUAACUGCAAUUAGUAUUUAGUGUGCUUUCUGCUCUGGCCAGCGCUCAGUCGCGUGCAUCUCGACUGGAGGCAGACCUGGUGAAGAUGAGCCUGCAUGGCGCUAGCGGGGGCUGUGACCGCUCACGCGACCGCCGCCGCUCCAUCGACCGCUCCCGGGACUCAUCGCACGAGAGGGGAGAGGGCCAGCUCACCCCCUGCAUCAGAAAUGUCACCUCGCCCACCCGCCAGCACAACAGUGGUGAGUAGAACAUACUGAGAACACUUUCACACAGUCUCCUAAAAUAAGAUUUAUAAGGGAACAUGUUGUAUUCUAAUGUUGAUAUGUAAUAGGAGUAGUCUGUGAAAAAAGUCAGUCGUCAUUAUGCCAGUGAGUGAUUUGUGCCUCUCUCCCUCCACCUCCAGACCGUGAGCGGGACGGUGGCUCCAGGCCCAGCAGCCCCCGUCCUCAGAGGAUUUCCCCCAGCGGCUCCAGUAGCAGCGGGGUGGUCAGCAGCCGUAACAGCAGCCUGUCCAGCACUGAGGGCUGCUUUAAGAGCCUGGGGGUGGGAGAGAUGGUGUUUGUCUAUGAGAAUAGCAAGGAGGGACUGGGCACGGGCCUGUGUACCCGCAGCAUCCGGACCUCAGGCUCCGAGAGGGUCACUCUUAUUGUAGAUAACACACGCUUCGUGGUGGACCCUUCAAUCUUCACAGCACAGCCCAACACCAUGUUGGGCAGGUAGGGCUGACCUCAUUGUUCUACUUUGUUAUGAUAAAAUCAUCAAUCCGUAUCAAUUUUUGUUUUACCAGUAUGAUUAUAUGAGGAGGAAGUCCCCUCCAUGGGUUCUUUCCUUUAGCUUUUUAUUGUAUGAAUGCUGAACAACACUGAAAUGUGACCCCUUGGAAAUGUGACCUGUUUUGUGGUUUCUUGCAGAAUGUUUGGAUCUGGAAGGGAACACAAUUUCACACGGCCCAAUGAAAAAGGAGAGUAUGAGGUCGCCGAGGGCAUCAGCUCUACAGUGUUCCGAGCCAUCCUGGUCAGUCAAUAGCACUGUAUUACCAAGUAUAACAUUCCCUUUUACUAGCUUGGUCAAUUAUUGACUGUUUUUACUUUUGUAAAAAUAAUUCCUUGAUCAAGGGUAGCUGUUGCUAACCUUUGCUCUUCUGAGCCACAAGGGGAGGGGGAGCCUGCUACUCAUAGUAAUCCUGAAUUGAUGAACUUAUUUGUUGAUUGUCUGAAACUUUGUAGCUUAAUUAUAAAGACACCAAAAACAUUUACUUAAGGCUAUAGAGUCGACCUCGGACUGUUAUUAAAGAGUAGAAUAGAGUAGAUGCCAUGAGUUGUCCACAGAGGCUUUGAGUGUCCUGAGAACAAGUACAAGAAUCAAUACCACUGGUUGUAGGCUGCUGAUGUGAAAAUGCUGCUGAUGUGAAUACGGAAGAUGAGAUUGAUUCAAAUGUGGGCUGUUGUUGACAAACAGGGAUCACUCUGGCCUCAGAGGCACAGCACUUGUUUUGAAAGAUGCAACUUUUUAUUUUUACAUUUGCAAAGCUAUAUUCAUGCCCAGCUCAACUGGCAGUAAACUGGUAUCUGCACUUAGGGGAGAUGGCGUUGGCCAUUUUGACCAUUUUAGGAAGGGGGGGGGGGGCUGAUGUCUGUGAGUGAGGCAGUCUCUGUAAUGGCUGCCUUUGUGUUUUCUCUGUUCACUCUCUUAACUGGCAGGAUUACUACAAAUCUGGGAUAAUCCGUUGCCCCGAUGGAAUCUCCAUCCCUGAGCUGAGGGAGGCAUGUGACUAUCUGUGCAUCACCUUCGACUACAGCACCAUCAAGUGCAGAGACCUCAGUGAGUAUACCCCCUUUUUACCCUACUUGACCUGGUUGGCUCCGUGAACAUAAAUCAUGAGCCCUGGGUUUUCAUAUCCCUUGCCUUAUUAGUGGUUAAUCAGGUUUCUAUUCGACUGAUGAAGAUGUUCUGGGAAGUUAGUGUGUUGGUUUGCGUCUCUGAACUGCUGUCUCCUGACUGACCCAGGUGCCCUCAUGCAUGAGCUGUCUAACGACGGUGCACGGCGUCAGUUUGAGUUCUACCUGGAGGAGAUGGUUGUACCUCUGAUGGUGGCCAGCGCCCAGAGUGGGGAGAGAGAAUGCCACAUCGUAGUGCUCACUGAUGAUGACGUAGUGGACUGGGACGAAGAGUACCCACCACAGAUGGGAGAAGAGUACUCACAGAGUGAGCGAAUACACACACACUCUCCACCCACCCUAUGACCUAGAUAUUUUGUGUGUAUGUAUUGAUAUCUAGGUAUGUAUGUAUUGAUAUCUAGGCUACGUGUGCUGUUUUUAAAUGUACACUACCAGUCAAAAGUUUGGACACACCUACUCAUUCAAGGGUUUUUCUUUAUUUUUACUAUUUUUUACAUUGUAGAAUAAUAGUGAAGACAUCAAAACUAUGAAAAACACAUAUGGAAUCAUGUAGUAACCAAAAAGUGUUAAACAAAUCAAAAUAUUUAAUAUUUGAGAUUCUUCAAAUUAGCCACCCUUUGCCUUGAUGAAAGCUUUGCACACUCUUGGCAUUCUCUCAACCAGCUUCAUGAAAUAGUCACCUGGAAUGCAUUUAAAUUAACAGGUGUGCCUUCUUAAAAGUUAAUUUGUGGAAUUUCUUUCCUUCUUAAUGCGUUUGAGCCAAUCAGUUGUGUUGUGACAAGGUAGGGGGGGUAUACAGAAGAUAGCCCUAUUUGGUAAAAGACCAAGUCCAUAUUAUGACAAGAACAGCUCAAAUAAGCAAAGAGAAACGACAGUCCAUCAUUACUUUAGGACAUGAAGGUCAGUCAAUAUGGAACAUUUCAAGAACAUUUUCUUGAAAUGCAGUCGCAAAAACCAUCAAGCGCUAUGAUGAAACUGGCUCUCAUGAGGACCGCCACAGGAAUGGAAGACCCAGAGUUACCUCUGCUGCAGAGGAUAAAUUCAUUAGAGUUACCAGCCUUAGAAAUUGCAGCCCAAAUAAAUGCUUCACAGUAUUCAAGUAACAGACACAUCUCAACCUCAACUGUUCAGAGGAGACCGUGUGAAUCAUGCCUUCAUUACAUUUACAAUUUAGUCUCUUAUCCAGAGCUAAUUUUUUUUCAUGAUCGAAUUGCUGCAAAGAAACCACUACUAAAGGACACCAAUAAGAAGAAGAGACUUGCUUGGGCCAAGAAACACGAGCAAUGGACAUUAGACCGGUGGAAAUGUGUCCUUUUGGUUUGGUCUCCAAAUUGGAGAUUUUUUGUUCCAACCGCCGUGGCUUUGUGAGACGCGGUGUGGGUAAAUGGAUGAUCUCUGCAUGUGUAUUUCCCACCGUAAAACAUGGAGGAGUUAUGGUGUGGGGGUGCUUUGCUGGUGACACUGUCUGUGAUUUAUUUAGAAUUCAUGGCACACUUAACCAGCAUGGCUACCACAGCAUUCUGCAGUGGUACGCCAUCCCAUCUGGUUUGGGCUUAGUGGGACUAUCAUUUGUUUUUCAACAGGACAAUGACCCAACACACCUCCAGGCUGUGUAAGGGCUAUUUGACCAAUAAUGAGAGUGAUGGAGUGCUGCAUCAGAUGACCUGGCCUCCACAAUCCCCCAACCUCAACCCAAUUGAGAUGGUUUGGGAUGAGACGGACCGCAGAGUGAAGGAAAAGCAGCCAACAAGUGCUCAGCAUAUGUGGGAACACCUUCAAGACUGUUGGAAAAGCAUUCCAGUUGAAGCCGGUUGAGGGAAUGCCAAGAGUGUGCAAAGCUGUCAUCAGGCAAAGGGUGGCUAUUUGAAGAAUCUCAAAUAUUUUAAGUUUUUUACAUUUUAGUCAUUUAGCAGACGCUCUUAUCCAGAGUGAAUACAGUGAGGGAAAAAUGUAUUUGAUCCCCUGCUGAUUUUGUACGUUUGCCCACUGACAAAGAAAUGAUCAGUCUAUAAUUUUUGUGGUAGGUUUAUUUGAACGGUGAGAGACAGAAUAACAACAACAAAAAUCCAGAAAAACGCAUGUCAAAAAUGAUUUGCAUUUUAAUGAGGGAAAUAAGUACACUGCUCAAAAAAAUAAAGGGAACACUUAAACAACACAAUGUAACUCCAAGUCAAUCACACUUCUGUGAAAUCAAACUGUCCACUUAGGAAGCAACACUGAUUGACAAUCAAUUUCACAUGCUGUUGUGCAAAUGGAAUAGACAACAGGUGGAAAUUAUAGGCAAUUAGCAAGACACCCCCAAUAAAGAAGUGGUUCUGCAGGUGGUGACCACAGACCACUUCUCAGUUCCUAUGCUUCCUGGCUGAUGUUUUGGUCACUUUUGAAUGCUGGCGGUGCUUUCACUCUAGUGGUAGCAUGAGACGGAGUCUACAACCCACACAAGUGGCUCAGGUAGUGCAGCUCAUCCAGGAUGGCACAUCAAUGCGAGCUGUGGCAAGAAGGUUUGCUGUGUCUGUCAGCGUAGUGUCCAGAGCAUGGAGGCGCUACCAGGAGACAGGCCAGUACAUCAGAAGACGUGGAGGAGGCCGUAGGAGGGCAACAACCCAGCAGCAGGACCGCUACCUCCGCCUUUGUGCAAGGAGGAGCAGGAGGAGCACUGCCAGAGCCCUGCAAAAUGACCUCCAGCAGGCCACAAAUGUGCAUGUGUCUGCUCAAACGGUCAGAAACAGACUCCAUGAGGGUGGUAUGAGGGCCCGACGUCCACAGGUGGGGGUUGUGCUUACAGCCCAAUACCGUGCAGGACGUUUGGCAUUUGCCAGAGAACACCAAGAUUGGCAAAUUCGCCACUGGCGCCCUGUGCUCUUCACAGAUGAAAGCAGGUUCACACUGAGCACAUGUGACAGACGUGACAGAGUCUUGAGACGCCGUGGAGAGCGUUCUACUGCCUGCAACAUCCUCCAGCAUGACCGGUUUGGCGGUGGGUCAGUCAUGGUGUGGGGUGGCAUUUCUUUGGGGGGCCGCACAGCCCUCCAUGUGCUCGCCAGAGGUAGCCUGACUGCCAUUAGGUACCGAGAUGAGAUCCUCAGACCCCUUGUGAGACCAUAUGCUGGUGCGGUUGGCCCUGGGUUCCUCCUAAUGCAAGACAAUGCUAGACCUCAUGUGGCUGGAGUGUGUCAGCAGUUCCUGCAAGAGGAAGGCAUUUAUGCUAUGGACUGGCCCGCCCGUUCCCCAGACCUGAAUCCAGUUGAGCACAUCUGGGACAUCAUGUCUCGCUCCAUCCACCAACGCCACGUUGCACCACAGACUGUCCAGGAGUUGGCGGAUGCUUUAGUCCAGGUCUGGGAGGAGAUCCCUCAGGAGACCAUCCACCAUCAGGAGCAUGCCCAGGCGUUGUAGGGAGGUCAUACAGGCACGUGGAGGCCACACACACUACUGAGCCUCAUUUGGACUUGUUUUAAGGACAUUACAUCAAAGUUGGAUCAGCCUGUAGUGUGGUUUUCCACUUUAAUUUUAAGGGUGACUCCAAAUCCAGACCUCCAUGGGUUGAUAAAUUUGAUUUCCAUUGAUCAUUUUUGUGUGAUUUUGUUGUCAGCACAUUCAACUAUGUAAAGAAAAAAGUAUUUAAUAAGAUUAGUUCAUUCAUUCAGAUCUAGGAUGUGAUGUUUAAGUGUUCCCUUUAUUUUUCUGAGCAGUGUAUUUGACCCCCUCUCAAUCAGAAAGAUUUCUGGCUCCCAGGUGUCUUUUAUACAGGUAACGAGCUGAGAUUAGGAGCACUCUUAAAGGGAGUGCUCCUAAUCUCAGUUUGUUACCUAUAUAAAAGACACCUGUCCACAGAAGCAAUCAAUCAAUCAGAUUCCAAACUCUCCACCAUGGCCAAGACCAAAGAGCUCUCCAAGGAUGUCAGGGACAAGAUUGUAGACCUACACAAGGCUGGAAUGGGCUACAAGACCAUCGCCAAGCAGCUUGGUGAGAAGGUGACAACAGUUGGUGCGAUUAUUUGCAAAUGGAAGAAACACAAAAUAACUGUCAAUCUCCCUCGGCCUGGGGCUCCAUGCAAGAUCUCACCUCGUGGAGUUGCAAUGAUCAUGAGAACGGUGAGGAAUCAGUCCAGAACUACACGGGAGGAUCUUGUCAAUGAUCUCAAGGCAGCUGGGACCAUAGUCACCAAGAAAACAAUUGGUAACACACUACGCUGUGAAGGACUGAAAUCCUGCAGCGCCCGCAAGUCCCCCUGUUCAAGAAAGCACAUAUACAGGGCCGUCUGAAGUUUGCCAAUGAACAUCUGAAUGAUUCAGAGGAGAACUGGGUGAAAGUGUUGUGGUCAGAUGAGACCAAAAUCGAGCUCUUUGGCAUCAACUCAACUCGCCGUGUUUGGGGGAGGAGGAAUGCUGCCUAUGACCCCAAGAACACCAUCCCCACCAUCAAACAUGGAGGUGGAAACAUUAUGCUUUGGGGGUGUUUUUCUGCUAAGGGGACAGGACAACUUCACCGCAUCAAAGGGACGAUGGACGGGGCCAUGUACUGUCAAAUCUUGGGUGAGAACCUCCCUCAGCCUGGGCAUUGAAAAUGGGUCGUGGAUGGCUAUUCCAGCAUGACAAUGACCCAAAACACACGGCCAAGGCAACAAAUGAGUGGCUCAAGAAGAAGCACAUUAAGGUCCUGGAGUGGCCUAGCCAGUCUCCAGACCUUAAUUCCAUAGAAAAUCUAUGGAGGGAGCUGAAUGUUUGAGUUGCCAAACGUCAGCCUCGAAACCUUAAUGACUUGGAGAAGAUCUGCAAAGAGGAGUGGGACAAAAUCCCUCCUGAGAUGUGUGCAAACCUGGUGGCCAACUACAAGAAACGUUUGACCUCUGUGAUUGCCAACAAGGGUUUUGCCACCAAGUACUAAGUCAUGUUUUGCAGAGGGGUCAAAUACUUAUUUCCCUAAUUAAAAUGCAAAUCAAUUUAUUACAUUUUUGACAUGUGUUUUUAUGGAUUAUUUUGUUGUUAUUCUGUCUCUCACUGUUCAAAUAAACCUACCAUUAAAAUUAUAGACUGAUCAUUUCUUUGUCAGUGGGCAAACAUACAAAAUCAUCAGGGGAUCAAAUACUCACUUUCCCUCACUGUACAUAUAUUAUUUGUUUCAUAUAUAAAAUAUAUUUUGAUUUGUUUAACACUUCUUUGUUUACUACAUGAUUCCAUAUGUGUUAUUUCAUAGUUUUGAUGUCUUCGCUAUUAUUCUACAAUAAAAUAGUAAAAAUAAAGAAAAACCCUUGAAUGAGUAGGUGUGUCCAAACUUUUGACUGGUACUGUAUGUAGUUCUGUCCUUGAGUUGUUCUUGUCCAUUAAUGUUCUGUAUUAUGUCAUGUUUUUGUUUGGACCCCAGGAAGAGUAGUUGUGGCUUUCGCAACAGCUAAUGGGGAUCCUAAUAAGAUACCAAAAAUGUGUUCUCGCUAAUUAGUAAUCCCUGCCGUGGAUUUAGACUGUACAUUUACCUAAAGUGACAAACUUAAUUGACACUGCUUAAAAACCAGUUGUUGAUAAUGAGUUGCUUUGUGUUUCACAACAUUUUAUUUUCUCUCUCUGCAGUAAUAUACAGUACAAAACUAUACCGGUUCUUCAAGUAUAUAGAAAAUCGAGAUGUUGCCAAAUCAGUUUUAAAGGAGAGAGGACUGAAGAAAAUAAGAUUAGGCAUUGAAGGUAAGAUGAUGGUUUUAUCAUGUACAGUGGGGAAAAAAGUAUUUAGUCAGCCACCAAUUGUGCAAGUUGCCUGUAAUUUUCAUCAUAGUUACACAUCAACUAUGACAGACAAAAUGAGAAUUUUUUUUUUCUCCAGAAAAUCACAUUGUAGGAUUUUUAAUGAAUUUAUUUGCAAAUUAUGGUGGAAAAUAAGUAUUUGGUCAAUAACGAAAGUUUCUCAAUACUUUGUUAUAUACCCUUUGUUGGCAAUGACACAGGUCAAACGUUUUCUGUAAGUCUUCACAAGGUUUUCACACACUGUUGCUGGUAUUUUGGCCCAUUCCUCCAUGCAGAUCUCCUCUAGAGCAGUGAUGUUUUGGGGCUGUCGCUAGGCAACACAGACUUUCAACUCCCUCCAAAGAUUUUCUAUGGGGUUGAGAUCUGGAGACUGGCUAGGCCACUCCAGGACCUUGAAAUGCUUCUUACGAAGCCACUCCUUCGUUGCCCGGGCGGUGUGUUUGGGAUCAUUGUCAUGCUGAAAGACCCAGCCACGUUUCAUCUUCAAUGCCCUUGCUGAUGGAAGGAGGUUUUCACUCAAAAUCUCACGAUACAUGGCCCCAUUCAUUCUUUCCUUUACACGGAUCAGUCGUCCUGGUCCCUUUGCAGAAAAACAGCCCCAAAGCAUGAUGUUUCUACCCCCAUGCUUCACAGUAGGUAUGGUGUUCUUUGGAUGCAACUCAGCAUUCUUUGUCCUCCAAACAUGACGAGUCGAGUUUUUACCAAAAAGUUAUAUUUUGGUUUCAUCUGACCAUAUGACAUUCUCCCAAUCCUCUUCUGGAUCAUCCAAAUGCACUCUAGCAAACUUCAGAUGGGCCUGGACAUGUACUGGCUUAAGCAGGGGGACACGUCUUGCACUGCAGGAUUUGAGUCCCUGGCGGCGUAGUGUGUUACUGAUGGUAGGCUUUGUUACUUUGGUCCCAGCUCUCUGCAGGUCAUUCACUAGGUGUGGUUCUGGGAUUUUUGCUCACCGUUCUUGUGAUCAUUUUGACCCCACGGGGUGAGAUCUUGCGUGGAGCCCCAGAUCGAGGGAGAUUAUCAGUGGUCUUGUAUGUCUUCCAUUUCCUAAUAAUUGAUCCCACAGUUGAUUUCUUCCAACCAAGCUGCUUACCUAUUGCAGAUUCAGUCUUCCCAGCCUGGUGCAGGUCUACAAUUUUGUUUCUGGUGUCCUUUGACAGCUCUUUGGUCUUGGCCAUAGUGGAGUUUGGAGUGUGACUGUUUGAGGUUGUGGACAGGUGUCUUUUAUACUGAUAACAAGUUCAAACAGGUGCCAUUAAUACAGGUAACGAGUGGAGGACAGAGGAGCCUCUUAAAGAAUAAGUUACAGGUCUGUGAGAGCCAGAAAUAUUGCUUGUUUGUAGGUGACCAAAUACUUAUUUUCCACAUAAUUUUGCAAAUAAAUUCAUAAAAAAAAAUCCUACAAUGUGAUUUUCUGAUUUUAUUUCUUCUCAAUUUGUCUGUCAUAGUUGACGUGUACCUAUGAUGAAAAUUACAGGCUUCUCUCAUCUUUUUAAGUGGGAGAACUUGCACAAUUUGGUGGCUGACUAAAAUACUUUUUUUCCCCCCCACUGUAUUUGCUGGUACGCCAUCCCAUCUGGUUUGGGCUUAGUGGGACUAUCAUUUGUUUUUCAAAUGGACAAUGACCCAACACACCUCCAGGCUGUGUAAGGGCUAUUUGACGAAGAAGGAGAGUGAUGGAGUGCUGCAUCAGAUGACCUGGCCUCCACAAUCCCCCAACCUCAACCCAAUUGAGAUGGUUUGGGAUGAGUCGGACCACAGAGUGAAGGAAAAGCAGCCAACAUGUGCUCAGCAUAUGUGGGAACACUUUUUUUUUUUUUUUUUUUUUUUUUAGACUGUUGGAAAAGCAUUCCAGGUGAAGCCGGUUGAGGGAAUGCCAAGAGUGUGCAAAGCUGUCAUCAAGGCAAAGGGUGGCUAUUUGAAGAAUCUCAAAUAUUUUACAUUUUUAAAUUUUAGUCAUUUAGCAGACGCUCUUAUCCAGAGCGACUUACAGUUAUUGAGUGCAUACAUUUAUUUUUCUUCUCCCAUAUAUAAAAUAUAUUUUGAUUUGUUUAACACUUCUUUGGUUAUGACCAAAUACUUAUUUUCCACCAUAAUUUGCAAAUAAAUUCAUAAAAAAUCCUACAAUGUGAUUUCUGGAUUUUUUUCUCAAUUUGUCUGUCAUAGUUGACGUGUAACCUAUGAUGAAAAUUACAGGCCUCUCUCAUCUUUUUAAGUGGGAGAACUUGCACAAUUGGUGGCUGACUAAAUACUUUUUUUCCCCACUGUAUUUGCUGGGGUUCAGAGCAAAACAUUUAUAUUUCGAUUCAGCAUUGUGAACUCACUGGCUCUGUUGUCUGCACCAUGUAUUGGUAGGUUACCCCACGUAUAAAGAGAAGGUGAAAAAGCGUCCUGGUGGCCGUCCUGAGGUCAUCUACAACUACGUCCAGAGGCCCUUCAUCCGCAUGUCCUGGGAGAAGGAGGAGGGCAAGAGCCGCCAUGUUGACUUCCAGUGUGUCAAAAGCAAGUCCAUCACUAACCUGGCUGCAGCUGCUGCAGAUAUCCCCCAGGACCAGCUGGUCAACAUGCACCCUGGCCCUCAGGUGGACGAGCUGGACAUCCUCCCCAACCAGCCCCCCAGUGGACCCCAAUACAGCAACAACUACAACAACGAUCCCGGCGACCCAGACGCCCCCUCGCCCGCAGUCUAAGGACUGCCCCCUCCCUGACACCUCCCUCCCCAGCGUACUGCAGCAUGGAGCGAGAGGUGCAUCAUAACCAUAUUGCCUUGGCACCUCCUCCGCAGCCUUAGAGUCUCAAGGACCUGGUCGACUGUAAAAACUAGACUGGCAAAAGGGCAUAUUUCUCCUCUUUUAUUUUUUUUUACUUGACCAAAGGAGUUUAUUUUUCUGUUAAUUGUUUGAAAUAAAUUUAGCAAACCCACUUUUGUAAUUAUUAUUAAUAAUAUUAUUAUUUACAAUGGUUAUUGUACCUCAUUUGAUGAGUUUGGGCUGUGCACUGUGUGGUGUUACUGUGUUCUCCCCCUUUUAUUUCACGUGCGGUUCUGGGCAUACUUCCUGGAUGGCAAGACUAGUGAAUACUGUAACUGUUUGGGGAAUGGGGCAAAGCCUUUGAUUUCAUCGCCACUCAGUGCAAAAUACUGUUGAAUUCCCCUCAGAUAUCCUUUGAAACAUGUAACGGUUGGGUUGGUUGACGUCAUAGGAUUGGUAAUGGGAUGCUGUGCUCUGUGCUCCCUGGAUAUUCAGCAUGACAUAAAGACAUUAAAAUCA